UGUCAGUGUCAUCUUUGACAAAUUGACAAACAUGGACGAGUGCAAUGGCAAUUUUUUAUGAAUUUAAAGAAGUAAAUUCGCAAGAAAAAAAAGUAAUCGCAAAUUUAAUUCCUUUGUCUUGUGUGGAUGCUCUCAACGAAACAAUGUCAUCAGACAGUAGCGAAGAAAUGGACAUUCAACAAGAGCUCCAAAAUAUUGAAAAUGUUAUCAGUUUAACUCGGGCAAAUAUCGAUGCCCUAAAUGCCAAGUUUGCCGGCUUUCAGCAUCCACCGUCAAUGUACAUUAAAGAAUACGAAGAUUUAACGUCCAAACUUCACGAGCUUGAAUCUAAAGAAAUGAGACUGAUGGAACAGCUUAGUAAUGGAAAAGACUCUCCAGAAGAUCCUAGUGAGCCCGAGCCUGAACCUUACUAUCUACAAUACGAGGAAGCUAAGCCGCAGUACGACACUCUUAGGCCUAAAUUUCUGCGGGCUUAUCUACCUAACGAGCAACGAACGAGUGUUCAAGUGCGUAAGGGACUUUCACUAAGAGAUGCUUUGUCAAAAGCGAUGAAACUUAGAAAUUUAGUGUGUGAGACGUGUAGGGUAUAUCCUGGAUUUGUACCGUCAGAAGAACCCAUCAACUGGGAUACAGAUAUUAGUACCUUAGACUGUGGUGAAAUUACUGUUAAAAUUUUGGACAAGAUUCCUAUUCCUACUAGUAUUUCACAUAAUUUUGUUAGAAAGACUUAUUUUUCGCUAGUUUUUUGUGAGUGCUGUAGAAAACUGUUAUUUCAAGGUUUUUACUGUAGGACUUGUGGCUAUAAAUUCCAUCAAAAGUGUUCUAAUCAAGUACCAUCUCUGUGUCACCAGGUUCGAAUGACAGAUGACUACUAUAGAGCAUUGUUAGCAUUACCUGCAGAUUCCAGUCCGGCUGGUAUUCUACAUACUGGACAAGCUGAAUUGGGCCCGCCCCAUAAACAGGGGAGACAUUCAGGCACUUUGGGACAUCAUGAUCGGUCUAGUUCUGCCCCUAAUGUUUGUUUAAAUAGCGUUAAAGCUUCUGGAGAUGAAUAUCCAAAAGUGCUGUCUCUAACCAGAGCGCUCGAAGGAGAAUCGUCCCCGCAUUGUAGAAGCACCCAAGCAUCUCCUACAGGAUCGCUACAACCCCGACGGCAACGGGCCCGUUCGGCAGACGAGAGCAAACCCCUUCUAGCACCACGUGAGAGUAUCGAAGACUGGGAAAUUCCCGCUGACGAGAUCCUUGUCGGUGCCCGAGUUGGAUCAGGAUCCUUCGGAACCGUAUAUAAAGCCCAUUGGCACGGACCUGUAGCAGUAAAAACCCUUAACGUGAAAAUUCCAACAGUAGCCCAAUUACAGGCGUUUAAGAAUGAAGUGGCGGUCUUAAGGAAAACUCGGCAUGUGAACAUUCUGCUCUUCAUGGGUUGUGUCAGCAAACCACAGUUGGCUAUUGUAACGCAAUGGUGCGAGAGUUCUAGUUUGUACAAACAUUUACAUGUGUUAGAAACAAAAUUUCAAGUAUUUACGCUUAUAGAAAUAGCUAGGCAAAUAGCACAAGGAAUGGAUUACCUUCAUGCGAAGAAUAUCAUCCAUAGAGAUCUUAAAUCUAAUAAUAUAUUUUUACAUGACGACUUGACAGUGAAAAUUGGCGAUUUUGGUCUAGCUACAGCUAAAACUAGAUGGUCUGGUUCUCAACAAUUCCGACAACCAACUGGUUCCAUCCUAUGGAUGGCACCUGAGGUCAUUAGGAUGCAAGAAGAUAAUCCGUACAGUUUCCAAUCUGACGUUUACGCAUUUGGUAUUGUGAUAUUCGAGAUGUUAGCGGGACAGUUGCCUUACUCUCACAUUAAUAACAAGGAUCAGAUUCUCUUUAUGGUCGGCAGAGGAUACCUAAAACCUGACCUUACUAAACUUAGGUCCGACACAUCAAAAGCUCUCAGACGGCUGACAGAAGACUGCAUCAAGUUCGAACGAGAAGAACGGCCGCUGUUCCGUCAGAUCCACGCCACCCUCGAAGGACUACUAAGCAAUCAUCCUAAAAUCAGCAGAUCAACGUCGGAACCCAACAUGAACAGGACGCAUCUUCAAUCCGACGACUUCAUCUACACUUGCUCGAGCCCCAAAACGCCCGUGCACUACGGCCCGGGCAGUUUUCUCUUUUAUUCAAAUAAUUCUGGUAACAUUUGAGUUCUCAGAUGUGAUGUUGUCUAUUCUCUUAUGUGAGUGAUAAAUGUUGAAGAGUUUUACUUCAGUGCUCUACGUCCUAAUUGUUUUCUAUCUGUUGUUGAGGAGAGAUCAGUGGAAUUAUAUGAUUUUAGCGAUUGGAAUUGAUCUUAGACUAUUUGAUAAUGUCAAAAUAGCUGUUUUAAAAAUUUGACUUGAAAACGAAUCACGUAUUCUCUGGAUUUAGCAACUAUUUAUUUGCCAUAGUUUUAAUUUUCUGUGACUUUAGUGUCAAAAUUAUUUUUUAUUUAUUUUUUUUAAUUAUUGCUGGAUAUAUACAAAGAUAUUGACUUAUAUUCAGUAUAAUUGAAUUCUUUAUUAAAGAUGUAUUAUUACACAAACACAAUUGUUGCAUGCAUAUGUUUUUCAAUAUUUUUGUUUCCCACAUUCUUCUCACUGGUAUGGUAUCUUUCAUCCGGUGUAAGUAACCCCACCAACUCGGCUGUCUCUGAUCAAUAAACUCCAAUGUGGAUUGUAUUUUUAUUUCGUUCCUUAUAUUUGUGUUCCUUAUUCUAUCCAUUUUGGUAACACCUUCUUAAAAACAUCGGUACGAACAGUGCGAACAGGUCUAUAAACGGCUUUGAAAACUUUAAUUUUUGUCAUACUUUAAUAUAACUUUAAUUUACUGUUCUUUUGAAAAUCUCAGGAUGUGUUACCAAAGAAAGUAUUCCACCUGUUGUCAAUCUGGUGGUAUGGGAACGAUAUUUAUUUUCGUUUUCUGUGCUACUUCGAUUGAUAACUUACUUUGUUUUUCGGUAGAUGGCUCUAGUUCAUCCGUGACAUUUCUUUCUUUGCAAUUCUUUUUCUUCUUUAGGUGCCGUGUCUGUAUUCAGACGUUGGCCGUCAUCAUGUUUACAAUUUCCUGAAAUCUCUCUAUCGGCUGCUGCGCGAAAUAAUUCUUCUACUGUGCAGCCACACCAUUGUCUAAUAUUACGCAGCCAUGAAAGUUUCUUUCGACCAAUCCAUCUCUUUCCCUCCACUUUUCCUUGUAUUAUAAGGCGAAGCAGAUGGUAUUUAGGUCCUCUAAUUAUAUGGCCGAAGUAUUAUGUUUUUCUCCUCUUUAUGAUGCUUAUGAGCAGACGUUCCGAAUUCAUCAUUUGAAGAACAUCUUCAUUGGAAGUGUGCGAAACCCACGAUAUCUUUAGGAUUCGUCGAUAGCACCACAAUUCGAAUGCUUCUAUUUUGUUUAGCAUUGUGGUUUUUAAU